AUGUCAACGGGUUAUCCACGAUUCUUCAUCCACAAAUCCAUCGGUGCGUUAGCAGAUGCUAUCAUUGCCAGAUAUGGCAGCGCAAACCAAAAGGCCAUGUUGUUUCCAUCCACAGCAUCUGCCCACAGAUGUCGCGACUUCAUCAAGGCGAAGGGAGAGCCCAGUCUCACUAAAGAUGUCGAGGUAAUUGAUCUGAUCCUUGAUAAGGGAAAAGAGUCUUCAGAAAUCGUAAUGAAGAUUUCCCCCUCGAUAUCAGCUGUAAUCUAUCACAGCGACCUCUUCCCAGUAGCGAAGCAGUAUUGGCAACACUCUGGGGACGGAAUCUCAAGCAGACGUGCUGAGUUUUGCCACUCCCUCUUCUCGGACGGCAAGCUCGUGGCUGCGGCAACGCCGCAACCCGUGAUCCCCCAGAAAAAGGGCCCCAGGCGAUACCAACGAGGCUCCAUUGAUCUUACUUCCUCCCCGACAGACAACAAGGUCAGCCCAGAAAGAGUCAAGGAUGCAGCAGAGAUUCAAGAAAGCACGCAGUUCCUGGAAGAUCGGUUCGGUCGGAAUCUCGAUAUAUCUUUCAUUGACAACGCCAAGGUAUCUCUCCGUCGCCGCAUAGCUAGAUCCUUAACAGGAGAAGUGAAUCUCGCUACAAUCGAGUCAAAUAGCCCCGAGAACACCUCCAACUCCCACGGAGUGACCCAGGACGACGUAUAUCUCUACCCCUGUGGAAUGAACGCAAUUUUCAGCACCCACCGAAUGCUACUACAGUCUAGAGGUCAGCUGAAGAGUAUAUCAUUCGGCUUCCCAUACGUCGACACCCUCAAAAUCCUACAGAAAUUCGGUCCCGGAUGCAUCUUCUACGGACACGGCUCCUCAGAAGACCUGGAUGACCUAGAAGCUCGUCUCCAAGCCGGAGAAAGAUAUCUAGCCCUCUUCUGCGAAUUUCCCGGAAACCCUCUAUUGAAAUGUCCCGACCUCAAACGGAUCAGAAAGCUGGCCGAUACCUAUGACUUUGCCGUAGUGGUCGACGACACGAUCGGGACUUCCAUCAACGUCCACGUCCUCCCCUACGCAGACGUGGUCGUCAGCAGCCUCACGAAGAUCUUCUCCGGAGACUGCAACGUCAUGGGCGGCAGCGCUAUCCUGAAUCCCCAAGGAAGAUACUACGAGUCCCUUAAGAAAGCCUACGAAGCAGAUCAGACAAACAACAAUAACUACUGGGCCGAAGAUAUCAUAUUCAUGGAACGCAACAGCCGCGACUUCAUCAACCGGAUUAAGAAAAUCAACCACACCACGGAAGCCAUCUGCGACCUUCUCAGGGGCCAUCCUCUCGUCAAAGACGUAUACUAUCCCAAGUAUAGUUCAACGAAGCAAUUCUAUGAGGACUGUCGCACACCGGAAGGUGGAUAUGGCGGGUUGCUCUCUUUCUUCUUUCAUAAGAAAGAACACGCCAUUGCAUUCUAUGAUCGCAUUGAGACCGCAAAGGGGCCUAGUCUGGGAACUAACUUCACGUUGACUUCCCCGUAUGUUCUCCUGGCUCAUUACUGGGAGUUGGAUUGGGCGGGAGGAUUCGGGGUGCCACCGGAUUUGAUUCGCGUUAGUGUUGGCGUGGAGGAUACGGAGGAACUGGUUUCGAGGUUUGUGGUGGCGUUGAAGGCUGCUGAGGGGGUUGAUUCUUGA